AUGCACGCUCCGAGUGUCGACACUAGUGAAAGCAUAGCAGGCAGACAGACAGAUAAGUAUGCAAAAAAUAAAGGCUGGGGUGGAGAGUUCAGGAUAGGUCGGUGGCGUGCUUGCUGUGAUGGCCACAUGUGUAAGGAAUCGACUUCAUACAAUCGAUCAAUAAGUAAUCUUAAUCUUUUCUUUUUUUCCUUCGUUCAUAUUGCACAUAUUGUUUUUGUCUAUCUAUCUAUCUAUCUAUCUAUCUAUUUUAGUCUGUUUUUUGUCUAUCUAUCUAUCUAUCUAUCUAUCUUAGUCUGUUUUUGUCUAUCUAUCUAUCUAUCUAUCUAUCUUAGUCUGUUUUUGUCUAUCUAUCUAUCUAUCUAUCUAUCUAUUUUAGUCUACUUUUUCUAUCUAUCUAUCUAUCUAAGUCUUUUUCUAUCUAUCUAUUUCAGUCUGUUCCUAUCUAUCUAUCUAUCUAUUUCAGUCUUUUUUUGUCUAAUUCAGUCUUUUUCUUUCUAUCUAUCUAUCUAUCUCAAACUGUUUCUAUCUAUCUAUCUCAUUUCUUUCUAUUCAAAUCUUUUCCUUCUUUCUUUCCUUCUUUUUCUAUUCAAAUCUUUUCCUUCUUUCUUUCCUUCUUUUUCUAUUCAAAUCUUAUCCUUCUUUCUUUCCUUCUUUUUCUAUUCAAAUCUUUUCCUUCUUUCUUUCCUUCUCUUUCUAUUCAAAUCUUUUCCUUCUCUCUUUCCUUCUUUUUCUAUUCAAAUCUUUUCCUUCUUUCUUUUAUUAAGGACAUAUUCAAAUCUUUUUUCUUCUCUCUUUCCCUUUCUCUUCGGUCCAAAAAGGAUCCUCUCUGUUUUUUCGAGAUUUCUCUCUAAUUCUGUUCACCUCUCUUUCAUUCUCUUACUAUCUAUCGAAACCUUUCUCCUCUUUCGCUCUCUUCAUAUCUACAUGUUUGUUUUCUUUCUUUCUUUCUUUUUUUUCUUUCUUUCUUUCUUUUUCCUUAACAAUCUAUCUAUCUAUCUAUCUAUCUAUCUAUCUAUCUAUCUAAUUCACUUCAGAUCUAUCUAUCUAUCUAUCUAUCUAUCUAAUUCACUUCAGAUCUAUCUAUCUAUCUAUCUAUCUAUCUAUCUAAUUCCCUUCAAAUCUAUCUAUCUAAUUUUGUUUCUAUCUACAUCUAUCUAUCUAAUUUCCCUUCAGAUCUAUCUAUCUAUCUAUCUAUCUAUCUAUCUAAUUUCCCUUCAGAUCUAUCUAUCUAUCUAUCUAUCUAAUUUCCCUUCAGAUCUAUCUAUCUAUCUAUCUAAUUUCCCUUCAGAUCUAUCUAUCUAUCUAUCUAAUUUCCCUUCAGAUCUAUCUAUCUAUCUAUCUAUCUAUCUAAUUUCCCUUCAGAUCUAUCUAUCUAUCUAUCUAAUUUCCCUUCAGAUCUAUCUAUCUAUCUAUCUAUCUAAUUUCCCUUCAGAUCUAUCUAUCUAUCUAUCUAAUUUCCCUUCAGAUCUAUCUAUCUAUCUAUCUAAUUUCCCUUCAGAUCUAUCUAUCUAUCUAUCUAAUUUCCCUUCAGAUCUAUCUAUCUAUGCUUCCACUUGUCUCUAUGUCUGUCUGUCUAUCUAUCUACCUAUCUCAAUAAAUCAAUCGCCUUUUUUGAAUUCAUUUUCCAUCUUUCCAUAUUCUUUCAUUUUCCAUCUCUUGACAUCAAAAAUUAUUCUCUCUCUCUCUAUAUAUAUAUAUAUAUAUAUUCAUCUAUCUAUCUAUCUAUCUAUCUAUCUAUCUAUCUAUCAUCUAUUUUUAUCGUAUCUAUUUAUUCAUCUAUCUAUUAACAUUCCGCAUCUAUCUAUCUAUCUAUCUAUCUAUCUAUCUAUCUAUCUAUCUAUCUGCCUCAUUCCGUAUCUAUCUAUCUAUCUAUCUAUCUGCCUCAUUCCGUAUCUAUCUAUCUAUCUAUCUAUCUAUCUAUCUAUCUAUCUAUCUAUCUAUCUAUCUGCCUCAUUCCGUAUCUAUCUAUCUAUCUACAUUCCGUAUCUAUCUAUCUAUCUAUCUAUCUAUCUAUUAAAUCUCAUUCCGUAA